AGUUUCAGUGUAAAUAUAACUGGAAUUUGGGAAUUGUGGAAGAGUCAGUUCUUCACCUUCUUCUGAUGGACACGAAGCUGAGAGACUAGGGGCACCUGAAAAGAAAGCAUUGCUUUCAAAGGCAUGUCACCUUCAGCUAUUCUGACCUCGUGGUCUCUUCCAUCUCCAGUGCCAACCAGCUGUGGACUAUAAUAAUCAUGGGCCAGACCGGGAAGAAAUCUGAGAAGGGACCGGUUUGUUGGAGGAAGCGUGUAAAAUCAGAGUACAUGAGACUGAGACAGCUCAAGAGGUUCAGAAGAGCAGAUGAAGUAAAGACUAUGUUUAGUUCCAAUCGUCAGAAAAUUUUGGAAAGAACGGAAACCUUAAACCAAGAAUGGAAGCAGCGAAGGAUACAGCCUGUGCACAUCAUGACUUCUGUGAGCUCAUUGCGCGGGACUAGGGAGUGUUCAGUGACCAGUGACUUGGAUUUUCCAGCACAAGUCAUCCCAUUAAAGACCCUGAAUGCAGUUGCAUCGGUGCCCAUAAUGUAUUCUUGGUCUCCCUUACAGCAGAAUUUUAUGGUGGAAGAUGAAACUGUUUUACAUAAUAUUCCUUAUAUGGGGGAUGAAGUUCUGGAUCAGGAUGGCACUUUCAUUGAAGAACUAAUAAAAAAUUAUGAUGGGAAAGUGCAUGGAGACAGAGAAUGUGGAUUUAUAAAUGAUGAAAUUUUUGUGGAGUUGGUAAAUGCUCUUGGUCAAUAUAAUGAUGAUGACGAUGAUGAUGAUGGAGAUGAUCCUGAUGAAAGAGAAGAAAAACAGAAAGAUCUAGAGGAUAGUCAAGAUGAUAAAGAAAGUUGCCCUCCUCGGAAAUUUCCUGCUGAUAAAAUUUUUGAAGCCAUUUCCUCAAUGUUUCCAGAUAAGGGAACAGCAGAAGAACUAAAAGAAAAAUAUAAAGAGCUCACCGAGCAGCAGCUCCCGGGUGCUCUGCCUCCCGAAUGCACCCCAAACAUAGAUGGACCAAAUGCUAAGUCUGUUCAGAGGGAGCAAAGUCUACAUUCAUUUCAUACUCUCUUCUGUCGGCGGUGUUUUAAGUAUGACUGCUUCCUACAUCGUAAGUGCAAUUAUUCCUUCCACGCAACACCCAAUACAUAUAAACGGAAGAACACAGAAACAGCUCUGGACAACAAGCCUUGUGGACCACAGUGUUACCAGCAUCUGGAGGGAGCUAAGGAGUUUGCUGCUGCCCUCACUGCUGAGCGGAUAAAAACACCACCCAAACGUCCAGGGGGCCGAAGAAGAGGAAGACUUCCAAAUAAUAGUAGCAGACCCAGCACCCCUACCAUCAGUGUGCUGGAGUCAAAGGAUACAGACAGUGACAGGGAAGCAGGAACUGAAACUGGAGGAGAGAACAAUGAUAAAGAAGAAGAAGAGAAGAAAGAUGAAACUUCCAGCUCCUCUGAAGCCAAUUCUCGGUGUCAAACACCAAUAAAGAUGAAGCCAAAUAUUGAACCUCCUGAGAAUGUGGAGUGGAGUGGUGCUGAAGCCUCAAUGUUUAGAGUCCUCAUCGGUACUUACUACGAUAAUUUUUGUGCCAUUGCUAGGCUAAUUGGGACCAAAACAUGUAGACAGGUGUAUGAGUUCAGAGUCAAAGAGUCCAGUGUCAUAGCACCUGUCCCUACUGAAGAUGUGGACACUCCUCCGAGAAAGAAGAAAAGAAAACACCGGUUGUGGGCUGCGCACUGCAGAAAGAUACAACUGAAAAAGGACGGCUCCUCUAACCAUGUUUACAACUAUCAACCCUGUGACCAUCCACGACAGCCUUGUGACAGUUCGUGCCCUUGUGUGAUAGCACAAAAUUUUUGUGAAAAGUUUUGUCAAUGUAGUUCAGAGUGUCAAAACCGCUUUCCUGGAUGCCGGUGCAAAGCACAGUGCAACACCAAGCAGUGUCCAUGUUACCUGGCUGUCCGAGAGUGUGACCCUGACCUCUGUCUCACAUGUGGAGCUGCUGACCACUGGGACAGUAAAAAUGUAUCCUGCAAGAACUGCAGUAUUCAGCGGGGCUCUAAAAAGCACUUACUGCUGGCACCGUCUGAUGUGGCAGGCUGGGGAAUCUUUAUCAAAGAUCCUGUACAGAAAAAUGAAUUCAUCUCAGAGUACUGUGGAGAGAUCAUUUCUCAGGAUGAAGCAGACAGAAGAGGGAAAGUGUAUGACAAGUAUAUGUGCAGCUUCCUUUUCAACUUGAACAACGAUUUUGUGGUGGACGCAACCCGAAAGGGCAACAAAAUUCGUUUUGCUAAUCAUUCAGUAAAUCCAAACUGCUAUGCAAAAGUUAUGAUGGUUAACGGUGAUCACAGGAUAGGCAUCUUUGCUAAGAGAGCUAUCCAGACUGGUGAAGAGCUGUUUUUUGAUUACAGAUACAGCCAGGCUGAUGCCCUGAAGUAUGUGGGCAUCGAAAGAGAAAUGGAAAUCCCUUGACAUCUCCUACCUCUUCCCUCCUCUGAAACAGCUGCCUUAGCUUCAGGAACCUUGAGGACUGUGGGCAAUUUAGAAAAAGAAAAUGCAGUUUGAAAUUCUGAAUUUGCAAAGUACUGUAACAGUAAUUUAUAGUAAUGAGUUUUAAAAAAUCAACUUUUUAUUGCCUUCUCACCAGCUGCAAAGUGUUUUGUACCAGUGAAUUUUUGCAAUAAUGCAGUAUGGUACAUUUUUCAACUUUGAAUAAAGAAUACUUGAACUUCUUGA